AUGCCGCGUGUGUCAGCCACUAAAACCCGAGAGCUUGGCCUGGCUGUGGUCCCUGAGCGCAGGGGCCGAGGACUGGGGGCCUCUGCUGACAUGGAGCCACCAUCUCGGAAGCUGAGCAUGACAUGGCCAGGCACGUUCACGAGAAGGGUGGAGAGGUCUUACCUCGAAGCUCUGCCUGGUGUCUACCAGUGCAUCUGGCUCUCCAUGGAUGGCCGAGAGGGUCAGCUGAGCGCCAUCAGCACCUCUCAAGUUUGGGAGCCUGGCCCAUGCUGCCCCAAGGAGCAGCACUGCAGCAGCUCUGUAAUGGGAAGAGGGACAGCCUCCUACAAGUCUGGAAUUAUCUCGUUUCAGCAGGAAGCCCACUCGUACUAUGACCUCCAGGUGAAGGUGCUGAGGGCCAGGAACAUCCAAGGCACAGACCUGUUGUCCAAAGCUGACUGUUAUGUGCAGCUGUGGCUGCCCACAGCCUCUCCCAGCCCUGCUCAGACAAGGACGGUGGCCAACUGCAGCGACCCUGAGUGGAAUGAGACCUUCCACUACCGGAUCCACAGUGCUGUGAAGAAUGUGCUGGAGCUCACCCUCUAUGACAAGAAUGUCCUGAGCAGCGGCCAGCUGUCCCUGUUGCUAUUUGACCUGAGGAGCCUCAGGCCCGGGAAGCCCCACAGACACACCUUCCUGCUCGACCAGCAGGGUACGCAAGAGCUGCAGGUGGAAUUUCUUCUGGAGAACAGCCAGGCGCCCUCACCAGAGGUCAUCACCAACGGGGUCCUGGUGGCCCAGCCCUGCCUGAGGAUCCAGGGCUCCCUCACCGGAGACGGGGCAGCCCCUGCUCGAGAAUAUGGCUCUAGGUACAUUCACCUGGCAGUUCCUGGGGCCUAUGAGAAGCCACAGCUCCUACCCCUGCAGCCUCCAGCAGAGGGGGGCCUCCCCCCGACUUUUCGCUUCCAUGUCAACCCCGUGGUCAGCCCCAGGCUGGACCUGGAGAUGGGGGAGAAGCUCUCAGUCCUGCAGGGUGACCCAGGCACUGAACUGGAGGCCCAGACCAGGCAGCUGAGUGAGGGGGGCUUCCUGCUGGCUGCCCUGCCCCUCGGCCAGGAGCAGCAGCGUGUGGUGGCCCUGGGGGAGGGCCAGGAGGUGGCUCUGAGUGUGAAGGCAGAACUCAGCUCAGAGGACCUUGACCUGCGACUCAGCUUUGACCUCUCUGAUGGAGAGCAGGCAUUUCUGGACAAGAGGAGACCCGUGGUGGCCAGGGCCCUGCAGCGGGUGCUGGGGCUGAGCCAGGCUCCUGAGAACAGCCAGGUGCCUGUGGUGGCGGUCCUGGGUUCGGGAGGUGGAACCCGGGCCAUGUCUUCUCUGUAUGGCAGCCUGUCCGGGCUGCAGGAGCUGGGCAUCCUGGACACGGUCACUUACCUGAGUGGCGUCUCUGGGUCCACCUGGUGCAUCUCAACUCUCUACAAGGACCCGGGCUGGUCCCAUGCCCCCUUGCAGGGCCCCAUCGCGUGUGCGCAGGCUCGAGUCUGCAGCAGCAAGAUGGGCGCGGUGUCUGCGGAGCGGCUGCAGUACUACACCCAGGAACUCAGGCUCCGGGAGGGCGCGGGCCACAGGGUCUCCCUCAUCGACCUCUGGGGCCUUCUCGUGGAGUACUUCCUGUACCAAGAGGAAAACCCGGCCAAACUAUCUGACCAGCAGGAGGCGGUGGCCCAAGGCCAGAACCCUUACCCCAUCUAUGCCAGCGUCAACGUGCGCACCAACAUCAGCGGGGAAGACUUUGCAGAAUGGUGUGAAUUCACCCCCUAUGAGGUUGGCUUCCCCAAGUACGGAGCAUAUGUCCCCACGGAGCUCUUUGGCUCAGAGUUUUUCAUGGGGCGGCUGCUGCAGCCUCGGCCAGAGCCCCGAAUCUGCUACCUGCAAGGGCUGUGGGGCAGUGCCUUUGCUGCCAGUCUGGAUGAGAUCUUCCUGAAGAUGGCCGGCUCGGGCCUCAGCUUCCUGGACUGGUACCGAGGCAGUAUCAACAUCAUGGAGGACUGUCAGAACCUUCAGCUGCACGACCCUGCGCGCCUGCGCACCAGGCUCUUCACGCCGCAGGGACCCUUCUCGCAGGCGGUGUUGGACAUCUUUACCUCCCGCUUCACGUCCGCGGAGAACUUCAACUUCACACGGGGCCUCUGCCUACACAAGGACUACACGGCUGGCAGGGAGUUUGUGGCCUGGAAAGACUCGCACCCCGACGCCUUCCCCAACCAGCUCACGCCCAUGUGCGACUGCCUGUACCUGGUGGACGGGGGCUUUGCCAUCAACUCGCCCUUCCCGCUAAGCCUGCAGCCGCAGAGAGCUGUGGACCUCAUCCUGUCCUUUGACUACUCCCUGGAUGCCCCGUUUGAGGUCUUACAGAUGACUGAGAGGUACUGCCUGGACCGAGGCAUCCCCUUUCCCAGGAUUGAGGUGUCCCCUGACGACUUGGAGGAGCCCCCCGAGUGCUAUCUGUUUGCCAAUGCUGAGGACCCCCACUCACCCAUUGUGCUGCACUUCCCCCUGGUCAACUGCACCUUCCGCACAUACCUGGCCCCAGGUGUGGAGCGACAGACAGCAGAGGAGAAGGCCUUUGGGGACUUUGCCAUCCACGGGCCAGACACCCCCUACGGCAUGAUGGAUUUCACCUAUGAACCUGAGGAGUUUGAGCGGCUGGUGGCUCUGGGCCGUUACAACGUCCUGAACAAUGUGGAAACUGUGAGGCAGGCCCUUCAGCUGGCUCUGGACAGGCGGCAACAGGCUGGGGACAGGGCAGGGGGCUGACCCCGGCUGGGGUUUGAGUGUGCAGAGAGGAGAGCUUGGGGCUCUAGGACAGGGUUUGAUAAGAGGGAGGAGUGAUAGUCUCAGGGGGCUGGGAGGGGAGCUUCUCAUCUUCUGGGACCUGCCUGGAGGUCCAUUGGGGCCAGGACCUUGUCAUAGGUGUCUCUGGGAGAAGAUGUCUCUCUCCAGGGUGGGUGGGGCCCUGGUGUGGUGUCCCUUCAUACUUAAGUGUUUACAGAGACUGGCUGCCCAAACACACAUAAACUUCAGGGUGCACGGGCCUGCAGACCCUCACCAGAACAGGAGCUGUGGACAUCUGUAACCCUGGUGAAGGCAGAUGAAGUCAGGCAGGAUGAUACUCCCUUAACAUGUAAGAAGGACCACUUCCCACUUCAACCCAACCUUGGCCCCUACCACUCCUUUCCUGUAACCAGCUGCUCUCCUUGUAAAUCAUGAUCAGAGCCAAGAGACCCUCCAGUCAGUGUGUUCCCCUCACCUAGAAGGAGGUGAACCUGGACUGGGCAUGUGGCCACUCAUGUACUCUCCCUGGUUCAAACCCUGGCAUCAUAAAGGAGAACUGAGGCACCAGGGCAAGUUCUGGGACUGUGCUAUUGCUUAGUCUAUCAGCCUGGGAUUGGGAAAAGCCCACAUGCAUGAGGCCCCAGCUCUGCGAACUAUACAGAUAAUUAAGAAAUGAGUGCUGUCUCUGAGCCCCCUUCUUCCUGAUGCUCCCAGGGGCACCAGGGACCCCCCCCCCCACCUCAGUGCUAGCUCCUCUCGUUGUGCUGCCUUUAACAUCCUGCAAUAGGACUUGACCUAAAAAAAUCCUAAUCUUCCUGAUGAAGUCUAGGGAGAUUAAGGUCUGUCUGCCAGUUGUUUGACUCCUGUCCCCUCAUUGCCACCAAGCCCAGCAGGGGCCACCCCAAGAGAUUGGAAGGACUUCCCUGCACACUCCCAUCGAGAACUCAGGUGUUCAUGUGUUCCCUUUCUCCUGGAGACCCCCCCUUCACCCCGCAGGUGGGAAGGUGAUUUCAGAUUGUAACACAGCAUUCUGCUGAGCAGACCCCCAGCCACCCCUCAAAUAAACAUCUUCUGUGAGAAGCUUC